UUUGGCUCAUGACAAUGCCCUCGGGACGUUCCUGGUUGUCACUACCAUGGUGAGCGCACCGGAAGACGCCUUGCGACGAAGAUCCAUUGCCGUACCACCAGGGAGCGCUUCUCCCAGUCAACAAGAAGUCCGGAAGAAGCGAAAACGCAAAAGACCCAACGAAGCCGAGCCACCCUUUUACGUAUUGUUUCUGCAAGUUGGCACGACCUUGCUGAUUCUAGUGUGGGCUCUACAUGGAUCCUAUCGAUGGGUCGUCCCAGCGGCGCUCGCUCCGGAUCUAGGCGAAGAUUCUUAUGACGACGAUGUAGCUAUGCCUGUCGAGAUCCAUGAACAAGACCGCAAUGUGGGACCCUUGCGACUGAAAAUGACCGAUUUGCUCACGAACGCUUACCCGGAACCCCACGACGAGCAGCCCACAAUCCCUGCGUUGCCGACGUGGAAUCUAACCGCCGAGUCGGACUUUGACGCCUACGCCUUGGCCGAAAGGUUUCACACAAAUAGCACCGUGAAUACGCUGUUUUGGCAGACAGCCGCGGGUUUGCGACGACAAUUCGCCAAACUCUACGGGGGAGAAAAUUCCGCCCGAGCCCUGCUCACCCGGGGGUUGUCGAUCUUUGGCGCCUCUCUUAUUACUGAUGUUUCGAUCAGCUCGCUUCCUUCCGACUUGCGCUGGACAGCCUGUCGAAUUCAGUCAGCGCGAAUCGAAAAACGACCCUUUCGCUUCGCCUUUGGCGGCUAUUCCGUAACGGUUGGACGGGGCAAUCUGUUUCGGCAGAGCUUUCCGCUGGUAAUGGAAAAACUACUGCACACAUCUUUCUUGACGCUGGAUGUGGACCUUCAAGUAAAUAACGCGGCGAUUGGUGGCUGUCCGGCCUUUCCCUACGGCUGGUGUAUGAAGAACUUUUGGGGUGAGGAACCCGACGUGGUCUCCUGGGAUUUCGCAAUGAACGAAGCCGGAGGGGACCCGCGUGGAAUGGAAGCCUACCUGCGGCACCUAUGGCAACUACCACGGCAACCCAAAGUAAUCGUCAAAGACACAUUUAUGGCAACGGACCGGCGACUAUUAUUGCAAACCUACGUGCAACAACACAAUAUACUACACGAUCCCGUUGUCGUGCAUACGGAACCGGCGGUUCGACCCUUUUUGGAUCGACCCGAACAUUCCCGACCCGAGGGAUUUCUGUCCUGGAGGGAGUUUGGUUCCCCACUGGGUGCACCAGGACAAGCCUUGCACCAUCCAGCCGUCAAGGAACACGAACUUAUUGCUUGGCUAUUGACAAUGCACUUUUUGAGUGCCUUGCAAGUCGUUGCAGCGUCCGACGAAGUCUCCAAUCUUUUACAGUGCCCAACUCCGAAUCCAAACUAUUUGGUACCUCCGCCGCAGACUCUAAUGGCCAAUAAUAGCACCGAUGUUUGGAACACUUUGAUGUAUGGAAGGCCAUCCCAUACGGGAUUUUGGCUUAUGAAUCAGGUACAGUGUCGAACGACUUUUGAACCAAUCGUCGACGGAGACCUCUCGUCCAUCAUUGUAUCGGGCAGCGAGGGGGAAAGUCUCGACGUUAUGCUUCCCAAGUCCAAAAUGUAUUACAACCGAGGAUGGGUCUUGGAUCUCAGCGACGGUGAAAAGCAAGCCAAGCGAAAACUCAACAUAUUUGGAGGACUCGGAUUUCUCGACAGCAAAAAGGCCUACUAUGGGUUAAAGUCUUCAGGAACUUUGCGUUUUUUGUUGCCUUACGAAAUCAGCGGGUCAUCGAACAACACCUUAAUAUCACAGCAAAAAGUUGGCGAUCGCGCCAAAGACUGGUUUCAAUCCGUCACUAUUUGUCAAGUGAAUGAGAGAAGGGAAGGUGGAGCCUGCAAUGCGGAACAAGAUCUACACCUGACCCUAGGUGGACUCAAUAUAACCAAUGCGAGCAUGAUUGAUGCGGCUCGAACGUUGUACUUGGGCAAGAAACUCUGCGUGUACCUGCCGGUUCCCGAAACGGCAUUAUUGACGUCGAGAAAAGUGCUAACAGCAAACGAGACACCGGAUCUCGUGUUUGUCGACAACGUGGAUGAAGAAAGGGAGAACCGCGUGGGUCUCGCUCUGGAGGUGUCCAUAAUCAACAACCAUAUUAUACGGCGAGAGCAAGCUUGUUCGGUAUCACACGUUGUAUGGGAACAACAUUGGGCAGCAUCUCCAUUGAGUGAAAGCUUACGAGCAGCCUCUAGUAUUGAUUUUUAA